CCAAAGCGGCAAUAAUUCAAUUGAUGUUCAAAAGUCAAUAUUUGGCUUUACUUCAUUUUACGAUAUCUACAGAACUAAGUGAACUUUUUUAGUUGCAUAUUUAUUUUGGUUUCAGUGUGGCCCGAACAUUAUUAUAAGGUUUGGAUUUCCAUUCACAGUCUAAUUUAAGAGCAAGGAAGAUGAGUUCAGAAGAAAACAUAUUUUUGUUUGUGCCAAAUUUAAUAGGGUAUGGCCGGAUCUUGCUGGCGAUCGUCUCAUUCUACUUCAUGCCCACCAACCACAUUGUCUCGUCGUGGUGCUACAUCAUCAGUGGCUUGUUGGACGCGUUUGAUGGCUACGCGGCAAGGUACUUCAACGAAAGCACCAAGUUCGGGGCGAUCCUAGACCAGCUGACGGACCGCUGUGGCACCAUGUGUCUCCUGGUGACACUCAGCUACUUCUACCCGCGCUACAUGUUCCUCUUUCAGCUGAGCAUGUGCAUCGACAUAGCCUGCCACUGGAUCUACCUGCACACGACGCUGCUGCAGGGCAAGACGAGCCACAAGUUCGUGGACGUGGCCGAGAACCCGGUGAUGCGCGUGUACUACACGUCGCGGCCCGUGCUGUUCUGCAUGUGCGCGGGCAACGAGCUGUUCUACGCCUCGCUCUACCUGCUGCACUUCACGGAGGGGCCCGUGCUGGGCGGGCUGAGUCUGUUCCGCGCCGUGUGCUACGCCACGCUGCCGGUCGCAAUCAUCAAGUCCCUGAUCGCGCUGCUGCAGGGCUUCGUGGCGUGCCGCAACCUGGCCAUCAUCGACGUGAAGGAACGCGAGGCAGCCACCAAGUCCCAGUAGGCCCUCAGCGUCCCCGCUUGUCUGGACAUCGGGUUCAUCCCAUUGGACAAACUUUCAAUUUUAAUUAUAAACAUGUUUCACAAAACUAUUUGUUUUGUUAAUCCUAUAUGUAGGUUAAAAACUUAUGUCCAUGUACACAGUUGUAUUAAAACUAAAAUUUAUCUGUAGGAAAAGUUGUAUUUAUAAAGGAAAAAAUUAAUUGUUUUACCCACAUAAAAAUUUAAUACACCCAUUUUAAGGCCAAUUCUCUUUGAUCCGGACUUUUGGUGUACCGCAUAGGGUCCAGUCCAAUCUAGUCUGGAUUAGCAAGACUCUACUGUAUCUUAAGUUACACAGCAAAUAAAAAAAAUGGUUGUUGUAUGCUAUAAUCUUAAUUGUAUGUCUCACACUUAAAUAAAACUGCAUUCAAUGAGAUCUUAGCUAUAAGAUCAUGCAGUAUACCCAAGGUACUUUCUUCAGAUACUAUGUUAGUUUUUGUAACUAGAACCCCGAUUUUGCGAACACUGAUUUAACGAAAACAGCGAUUUAACGUAAAGGUUUUCAGGAACCAUUAAAAAAAACACCAAUUUAUUAAAAUAAUAAUAUAGAUUUCCAAAAAAUGAAAGUAAAUAGUAAUGGAAUCUUAUUAAAAAUUACACUUUGUGGUGUCAGUAAUAGAAUGGAGGUACUAUAUAUUAAUAUGUGCCUUUGCAUCAUCUGUCCAAAUACGAAAAAAUUAAAAAAGUUGUUCAAAUUGCUUAAAAACUGCGGGCGCUGUAACUGAAUUGCGUAGGUGCGUGCCAUUGCGCGCGCCUGGAUAGAUAGACUGUCCGCGACACAUGACGUCAUGAAGGGUUUCUUUGUCCGCAUCCCCCUCCCCCUCUUUUAUGCCUGGCUUGACUCACCACGUUAUCUUCCAAACACGCCUGCAUAGUAACAGUGCUAGCCAAUAAUCACACGUUUCCAAAUAUUCCCUUUCCCAUCCUCCAGGUUUUUUCAACUUGUGACCACGUCACACCAAUACGCCAUUAUCAUUAUUCUCUAGAGGUGUAAAAGUAACGAAAAAAAGCGUCUCCGUAUGUAUUCGUUACUAUAACAAUUAGUACUCGUUACUAUCGUAUCACGUUACAUUACUCGUUACUUCUGAUACCGCAUAACAUGCUAUGUUAUGUUGCAGCAACGAAUCGAGUCGUAUUGCGUACGCGUACAGUAUGACGUCGCGUAAAUAAUAAUAAAUAGAAUAUAAACAAUUAACAAUAUUUGAUAAAUAACAGUUUUUGUUAACCAAGAAACAAUUAAAUCUUAUUAGAGCGGCUUUUUUAUACUAUCUCUUUUAAGAUAACAAAAAAAAACGUGAAAAUACGCGAUAAUAAAAACAUAUUUCUAAUUUGUAAACAAUACUUUCUUACGUUGUUUCUGUUCCAAUCUCAAACUUUGUCUACACACACAAUACCUUUAAUAAACAGUAAAAAAAACUUUGAUGACGAAUUACCAAAUUAUACUUAACUUAAUAAACAAACAUCGUUCUUUGUAACGCAAAUUCAUCGAAUAUGCGCGCGCAUGCGUAAAACGUACGAAAAAUGCGAGUAACGAGAUGCAGCCGUGUGUAACGUUUCGUUACUAGUUACUAGAUGGCGCACCUGUUACUCGGUACCGAAUACAUACUGUUUGCUACAGCUUUAUUAUUCUCAGUAAGAGCUUUGUGCGCGGUGUUUAGUUUUUGGAAUACGUUUUUUAUAAGUGCUGCGCAGCUCAGCGAACAAAGAGAGUCAGCCGGCGGCUACGCCGCGCCGUAAUAGCAGCUGACCGAGUACAAUGACCUUUCUCCGCGUACGGCGCGCUAUUGUCGGAAAUUUUCCAUCAAUUUGCGGCCAAUUUUUUUAUUUUUUACUGUGACGCAAUGUGUAUGUAGCUCGUAUUUGUUAUAAACGCUGCAGGUUGCGACUGUAUUUUAAUACACUUUAACGUAUUUCUUACACUUUACAUAUUUUUAAACUUUUAUUUUAUGCCUCAUUUUUCACGGUUUCUGAAAAUCUGUAUGUACGACCGAGGUGUACGUACGAACCGGGGGCCGUACGAGCGAGAUUAAAAGACGUUGAAGUUGUAAAGAUGACGAAGUCUGAGAUAGCACGGCAGCACAAGAUAUCAGCGUCGACCCUGUCUACGAUAUGGAAACGGUAGGGACGCGAUUAUGAGUGCGGGGGUCAUUGAAAAUCGGAAAAUCGGAUUUAACGAAACAUCGAUUUAGAGUAAACAUUUUCGGUAACCAUAGCACUUCGUUAAAUCGGGGUUCUACUGUAUUUGCUCUGAUUGCAUACAACCACAGUAAAAGUAAUGCGUUGUGUUUGUUAGUUCCACGAGUCUGGAAUUCAGUUCUAGGCACCAAUGACUAGAUACCUCAGUACAAUACUACUGUCACAACUCAGAAAAAACACAAAAUUGCUGGGGUCAAAAUUCUGAAGUUGCUAUUUUCGGAGCUGUAAAGCUAUCACACAGGUUUUGCAAUAUUCUGUGGUUUCUACGUAAGCCUGUGUAUAAAAAGACAGCUGUUACAACAGCAUGUCAACAUCCGUUCCUCGGGGAGUAUCCGCAGGUCAGUGCUGUUGUGAACCUUCAUUGCUUCAAGCACUUGAACUCUCCUUCAUACUUCCCUGAAAGACUGCUGGUUGAAAUUUUAAUAAUUUUGUACCUGUUUGUGUUUGUGUAAAACAUACAAUUAUUUUACCUCUGUUAGUUAAUUUGUAGGUUUCCUUGAUGCAAGUUACUUUCUUAUCAGUUGAUACUUCAAGCACAUGACAGUUUUAGAAAUGUUUCUAUGAUCUGUCUUCCUUGGUGUGAGCCUCAAGCCAUGUAUUUUACAUCAAGGUAAUGGGUCUGUUACUAGGUGUUGGUUGACAGGGAUCCACCCAGCAUCUCUUAAGGAAACUCCGUGGGGGUGUUGGCUCCCCCUUCCUUCUUUCUCCUACCUUGCGAGGCCAAGCAGAUUUUGUACGUUAUUUAAAUGGUUUGUGCAAUGGUGAAUAUUGAUUUAAAUCUUGCAAUGGCGUAUGUACAAAAUAGUGAUUUAAAUCAUUAGAUUUUGUGCUCAAAUAACUUCAUUUUAAAAUUCACUAAAUUCAGACUUUUGUUACUUUGUCGCAGAUUUCUGGGGCGCUCUACUUUGGUGUGUACUUCAUGAGUUUUUAUUGGUUACCAUUCCGGGUCUGUGAUGGCUUAAGUCCUUCUGCGUUGCUUUAUUUCAGUUGGUUAUGUUUUGUCAUUUAAGCAUUUCUGCAUCACAUUACCAGCAGGUUUGUUAUACGACCAACUACAUUUGUCUUAGAAGGCUUUAAAUUUUAAAAGUGUUGAGUUUUGCCUUCUAAAAGACAUAUAAACUCUUUCCCUUUAUAGUUAUUUUGUUGUAAAGUCAGCUGAGCAUUAUAUUUUAUUUUUGUUUGUUUUGUCAAGGUUGAACUUGAUUAGAAGUUUUUUUUUUUUUGGUUACCAGGAAAAAUUAAAAAUACCAUUAAUGCAGUUUUAUUUUAUAAAGGCAGCCAUUCAAAUUAAAAGAAAAUUAACACUUAUUAACUUUUUCAAUUGUACUGUGGAAACCAUCUGUGUCAUUUGUGAACUACAUAUGUAGCUAUAAUCAGUUUCUGGCAUGUUGCUGUUGUGGACUCCAGAUGUCUUCAUUCUGUCUCUUUGUAAAAUCAUGUUUUUUAAAUGAAGCAGAAUGUAGGACCUACUAUUUGCACAGUGAAUAUAGUCCAAUCCUGAAAAGCUAUGAAAAGCUGCCUUCACACGUGCGUUCUUUACCACAUAAGUUGCAGUUUGAAGCAGGAAAACUAGUUUCACAAAAUAUUUUUAUCAUGUUCUUCAUCGUAUCCAAUUUUGUUUGAAUACUCUUUGGAUUUUACUCACCACAACAAUAGAUAUGCUAUAGUUUUUUGUUAUUAUGUUACAUUUAUAAAUUAGCUUACACUCACCUUUGUGCAACAGUAGUGUGCAACAUUGUGUGUGUGUGACCUUGGUACCUUACAACGUAUGCCUGCCUGAACAACAGUACAUAUUGCACGUGUGUCACUCCUAAUUGUACACUUGCCUGCAUGCCACGCUUAAGUUUACAUGCACACACUUGCAUGCAUACUUAAGUAGCACAUCCUAAAUCCAAAUACUGUAGAGGGAGAAUACAGGACAGCUCUAUACUAAUAGCACAGCCGCGCGGGCGAAGAGCGUCAGUGCUGCUACCUAGCGGCUCGGCGUGAUAACAGCACCUACGGCCAUGCAUUCCAAGCCUAAAAUGUAUUAAAUUCAACUCGUCAUUGCACCUAGACUAAUCAACAGAUUCUUUUGAAAAAAAUUGUGUUGAACCUUCGUAUUCUUUGCGGCCAUGCAGAUGUAAAUUUAUUUGCUGAAAAGUUAGUUGCUUUCGAUGUAAAAAAUAGUUAACAAUGAACAGCAUAUUUUCAAGGAAAAUUGAAGUAAAAAUUUUCAAAGCAUUCUAUUGCUAAUCAUCGUUCAUUUAGGGAAUUAUCUAAUGAAUUAAUUAAACUAUCCAAAUUUUUUAGCCACUAAAUACUAUAUUGAUUUGCUAUCGUUCAACAGCAUAUUGGUUAAAAGUUUUUUUAUGAAUAUGUAAUGAGUAUAUAAUGAGUACAGUUGUUCAUAUAGUGUAUAAUACGUAUAUAAUAAUAUAUGUACAGUUAACAGAGAUUUGAGCACGAUAUUAUGAAAUUAAAUAACAUGUACAUUUAAAUAAUAUUAAAAAUUAAAGGGAGAUGAAAAAAUACAUAAUUUCAGUAUGACAUAAAUAUGUAGAAGUACAUAGCGUUUGACACAAUGUAAAAAAACAAUAUAAUCCUUAAAUUAGAACUUACAAUUGCACCAUAUUAAGCUACCAUAAAUAUUAAAUAUGUAUUAAUACCUUGUUACUUAAAAAUAAUAAUAUUUAAAUUAAUGCAUUAUUACAAUGGUACCAGAGCUAGAACAAGUUUUACAAGAUUCACUUCCAUUGUAAAUGAAAAAGGCAAAUAAUAUACAAGAGACAAAUAUGCUUUUAAAAUUUUAUCCAGCUGUACCUAAAUAGGUAGCAAGAAGUUUAUUUUCCCCGAUCAUACGUUAUAACCACUGCUAUGCUAGAUAUUCCAUACAAUCUACUAGUGCAUGACUUCUUUUGCUUUUUUUUUUUUCUUUACUCCGGGUUCUCCCACAUUCAUCGUAAAACAAAUAUAUUUAUGUCAUAAUCAAUUGUUUUAUAAAAGGUGUAAACAAUGCUUUUGCGAGGAAAUACAUUAUCUGAAAAGGAAUUGUGUGAAAAUAAGAAGAAAAAAACAAAGCAUAAAAUCACUAUAAUAUCAACAAACCAAGAAAUAAGGCAUAUUUAGUUAACAAUGAAAGCGGGAAGUGGUAAAUAUUACAACUCACGAUAGUAUGUUUUUCUAAAAGAAAUAUUUUGACUUGAGGAAAAUUUUUACGUUCUAUAAGGCAAUAGAAUUUAAAAAAAAUAUAUUUAAUAAUAAUUCCUUUCAAUUCUGACGGUUACUCUUUGUACUUCAGCGAGUUUAGUUUCAGAGGUUUUCGUAUGGCGCGGCCGUGGUCGCGGCAGCUAGGGGUAGUCAUCACGCCGAGCCGCGAGAGCGCAGCACCGUCUGUUUCUCGCGAAAACGAGCGAGCUGUCCUGUAUUCUCCCUCUACAGUAUUUGCUAAAUCUUACUGCUAGGAAUCUGCGUAUGAAGGCCGCUUAAGUCACUAUAAAAUGUCACCAUAAAAUCUAGAGCUGGGUGUGAUCCGGGUUUUUCUCUAAAAUCUAAGAAUGUGUCCUUCCCUUAAGUCGGGUGGGAAAUUAAUUUUUCCCGUUUCCCAAUUUUAUUCCAGUAGUAUUCAUUUCUAUUUGCCAAACUCUGUUAUUAAAACUAUUUUCAAACUAAGCACCGAACUCUUACCUUAUUCAAUAAAUGCACGCGAUGAAAAACACAAUUUUUAGCAGUUCAAACUCAAACUGGUAAUGGUGAUGUACUGAAUAUUCACAGGCAUGAUUACAAGUAUUUGAAACAAACCAAAUAAUAAAACUUAUGUCUUGGCCAUCAUAAAUAAGUAAAACAAGGAAUAACUUGAAUUAUAACUGUAAAUAUGAGCUACAUUCAUCACUAUUUCACAAAUAAGGCUUUUUGUUUUAAUUUUUCAGCUAUCACAAAAUUAAAUAAGGUUAGUCUUAUUUUGUGGUAUUUUGUUUUUUUUAAAUCAAUGAAUAAAUACUAAAUUAUUGUACCUACACAAUAAAAAGAACAACAUUUUACCUUUAAAAUAGUAUAGAAAUUAUCUGAAAAUAUAACCUAAAAUAAUUCCCACUCCUGUCCCGUUUUCCAUGGGAAAAUUAUUUUCCCGCCAGAAAUUUUCCAAACCCAAAUUACCAAUUUUGCUCAGCUCUAAUAAAAACUUAAGUUUUUAUUGUUUCACUGAUUUAAAAUUAACACCAUAAAAAUGUUGUUUUAAAUGUUGGAAGGAAAAUUAUAUUAAGUAUCUAUGUACUCCAUAUAUUAUGAUGUUCAAUAGUAGUUGUGAGUGUUUUUAAAAUUGUGAAACUAUGUUUUUGUCUUAUAGUACAAUUUGUAGUACAAGGCAAGAAUAAAAUUUAAUGUUCUUUUUUAGAGUAUUAGUUUAGUCCCAAAUCAUUAAGUAUGUGAAAAAAUUAUAUGGUAAAUAUGUGUUACUUGUGUUACAAGAUAAAAACUCUAGGGAAAUGUUUGUGUUCUGUUUGAAUAUUAUUUUACUGUGAUGCUGUUUUUUUAGCAUUAUUAUCUGUUUUACAUUGACUCACAUUGUGUUAAUCAUUUAUGUAAGCUAUUCAUAUUUUUAUUAUUUAUUAUGAUUCCCAAAGAAAUAAUAUUAUAUUUGUUAUUAGUGUGUGUGUUCAUGUUUUAUUGAUUAAAUUCUUUAAGAUGCACUUGAAGGUAGAUAUAAUAAAUAUUCUGCAACUUAAAAUUUUGAAUGCAACUUUUGCCAAGUUUCUAUCACAAAAAAUCCUUGAUAAAAUGUUAUAUAUUAUAAUGUUAAUUUGUUGGUUUUACGUUUGUACUAUCAUUUUUGUUGAUUUUUAUUAUGUUACUCUUCUCAAAGCACUCUUGACAUUCAGUUGUGAUUUAUAGCAUUUGCUGCUAGUAUUUGUAUAGAUGUUUAAACUCUUGUGCAAUGAUUGAUGUUAUUUGUAUGCCAUAAUGAAUGACUGUAAAAAGAUUAAUGAAAAAUCAACCUUUCAUUGAAAUUAUUUCCCCACUGUUUAUUAUUACUGUUAUUACUAAUGUUUGUAGAAAAGUGAUUCUUAACUGUUAUAUUAUAUGAGUACAAAAACAAUAAACAUGUUACUGAUAAUUAGCUGCAAUUACAGGAAGUCAAGUCAGUAAUAGGAUGGCGUAUGAAGCUCAGGUCUUUCGUGUUCUAGCGAGUGUGGGUGGUGACAUCAGUGUGGUCUGUAUUGGCAUGACUUGUGCUGUCACCUUCAAUGUCCACUAGUGUGUACAACCUGUGGAGACCGUGGCAUGCUGUCCCUCCUGCCGCCUCCUGGGUCCCUGUCCUGUGAGAGAGCCCUGGCGCUCCCUCUCGCUCAGUGCAUCAGAGUCCUUCUCUUCACAUCUACUAUAGUCUACAGUCUGUGGAGACCAUGGCUAGCUGUCCCUCCUGCCGCCUUCUGGGUCCCUGUC